UCUAUAAUGUAUUUUUUUUUUUUACUUGGUUUUUGCAUCUUUGUUUUUAUUUUUAAGGUUAGCAGUGAAAUUGCACUAAAUUGGGAUAAAAGGUCAUGGGGCUGAAACUAAUAUAAAUAAUAUAACACGGACAAUCACCAUUUCGUUUAUAAAUAAAUCUUUAUUUUCUCUACUUUUUUUUUCCCCCCUUAUCUUUUUAUAAAAGUCAUGAAUCAUUAUUAUACUCGAUUAUCUUUUGAUAAGCUUGAAACUAUCAAUUUGAACAAGUCUACAAGUUUACUUUCCUUUGUUUUGAUCAGAAAUACAUUGAUCCAUGCUCUCACACAUCAACAACAACAGCAGCAACCAGAUCAUUUGGCACAAGAAAGAGACUUUUAUGACGAAUAUUAUCUUUGUGAUGACGAAGAAGAAGAAGAAGAAGAAGAAGAGGAUGAUGAUGAUGAUGAUCAAGUCUUUUUAAAGGAACGAGAGGAUAUCUAUGAAGACAUGGAUCAGGAAAAACAAAGCCAACUACAACAACAUCUAUGGUUGAAUUCAUGCAUUGACAAUAACAACUGUGCGCUACAACAAGAUCCAUCACAGGAAGAAGCGUAUUCUUCUGAAGAAGACAUGCCACCCUCACCAGAAGAUAGCAAUGUCUCUUUUGCCUCCUUUUACGGCACUUGUACGACUACCACAGCAGUAACCUCUGAACCGAUGAAAAAGUCCACGACGACACCAAAGAAGCCUACUUUCUUUAUCCACGAAGACGAGGAAGAGGACGAUGCUGCAGAUCAAGACAAUAGCCAUCUCUGCUAUGAUCUGCCUUAUUUAACCCUGCAAAAACAACCCGCCUCCUUUACAUCUCACAACCUUCCACUGCACACUUUAUAAACUUCACUGUACAUCCCUCCCCCGCCCAUUCUGUAAAUAAACUUAUUCUUUUCUUAAGCUUCAGUUAUUAUAUUAUUUUUUUUUUUUUCUUUUUUAAUCAAGCA